CCGACUUUAACUGCCAACUGCUAAGCUUUGUUCCUUAAACAGAUCUCUCUCUACCUUAACUCACUCUCUCUAAUCCCCGAUUCGAUUUCGCUCUCCAAAUCUCCAAGGGUAUUGAAAUGGCGGAAUCAAAGUCUGGAUUGAGAAAACCUGUUUUUACCAAGGUUGACCAACUUCGUCCGGGGACUAGUGGCCACACUCUUACUGUUAAGGUUGUUAGUACGAAGAUGGUAUUGCAGAAGGGUCGUGCUGAUGGUCCUCAAGUUCGCCAAAUGCGAAUUGCUGAAUGCUUAGUAGGGGAUGAGACUGGAAUGAUUAUCUUUACCGCUAGGAAUGAACAAGUGGACUUAAUGAAAGAGGGUACUACUGUAACUCUUCGUAAUGCGAAAAUUGACAUGUUUAAAGGAUCAAUGAGGCUUGCAGUGGACAAGUGGGGUCGUGUUGAGGUCACUGAACCUGCUAGUUUCACUGUGAAAGAAGACAACAAUCUGUCACUGAUUGAGUAUGAACUGGUUAAUGUUGUUGAAGAGUGACCUUUCCGGUUGGUGUUUGCUUUGCUUCUAUAUUGUCAUCCAAGAAUAAAUUAACUCCACUAAACGUGUUACUUUGGUCUACGGGACAUCUCAUCUUCAAAAUGCUCAUGGAAGUUCACUUUUAGAAAGAAGAAAUCUGGAAGCUAGUGUAGUACUCCUCGAAGUUGCUUCUUGCCCCUGCAGCAGAUCCAGCAGAACCUUUUGGUUGGACCUCCAAACAGAUGGUGAUGGCUGUAAAUUUUAGAGUUGAAAACAGCUGGCUUUUGGAACUUGCUUUCCUUUGUUGACUUUUUUUUUUUUUUUUAAUUUUGCGGGCAGCCACUGUUGUUUGGUUUUUAGAUCAUACUUAAGAAGUUUAAUAUUAUAAAAUGUAUGCUUACAUGCUUGAUACGACUCUUUCAAUAUCUUGCUUGCCUAACCUUUCCAAGUUAUGUCUAAGUGAUUUGGUGUAACGUAUUUCAUUUUAUAACUUGAUAAUGGCAUUCUAUGCUACUCUCUAGCGUUUCACUUGA